GAGCGACUUCUUUUGCAGCCUCGCUAUGAUGUGCCUGGUUCUCUGAUUCGUGAAGUCGUUGUAGACCAGGAUGUUGUGCUCGGUAUUCGCUGCCCUCGUUACAUCUACUCUUCCAAAUCCGGGGAACCAGCCGAGACUACUGAAUGCGACAGAUAUGCGGAUGCCAUAGGGACGGCAAAUAUUGACCCCGGCUCCGAACAUUCUUCUACUUCCUCUCUCACUACAUAG